AUGUCGCGUUUCCCGACCUUUCUGACAGCCGUAGUCGCGUUCAUGAUCACUCUGCCACUUACGUCAAAUCUACCAGGAUCCGCUGCCCUGCUACUUGCCUCGUUUUGUAACAUAUUGGGCUUGUACUGUGCAUCCUCCGACAUCUUGGUCGGCAUUCUAUCAGCAGGCACAAUUCUCCCCUGUCGUUUCAGUUGGACUCCCGAAACGGUUUGGUGCGAUCUAGUGGAUCAGGCUCGUCGUUCACUCGACAGAAUCGCGGGCCCAAAUUUUACCGAGUCCGAGUUGACCAGUGAGCUCGGCUUGAAAGAGGAUCAGUCACCCUUUACUGCCCUCUUCGUCCUUGAUGCACCAGAGAACGUAAACAUCCCCGAUGACCUUCUUGGAUCUCCUUUGCUUUUGUUCGAUCCUUCCGCAGCUUUGCUCUCUAUUUGGACAUCAUCGCGCCUUGUACACCCUGCCGUAGCCGAUCAGUUACUUUCCCAGAUAGCCUUUCUGUCGCUGCGCGCAGCUCAAAAUCCAAUUUCAAACAUCUCAUCGCCUCCUUCCUACCCAACUGAUUUUGCAUCUGCCGUCCAAUGUCUUUCCUCAGAGGCUCGUGCGUCCGUUUAUGACCACAUCCGUCCUGUUGCCAUUGCCACAGACUUUAUCCUCCCCUACGUCCAAGCCGAUCCAAACGCCCCAGCAGUGUGUUGGUACCCUACUUUGACAGCGGGACCUAGAGAUAAUCUCGUCACCGAAACAUUGUCUUAUGGCGAUCUCCACAUCCAAGCCAACAAACUGGCUCGAUACCUGAUAUCUCAGCAGUUGAAGCCUGAGGACAGGGUUGCUGUGUGCAUGGAUCGCAACCCGCUGUUUCACAUAGUCCUGUUCGGAGUUUUGCGCGCCGGUGGUUGUUAUGUUCCGAUCGAUCCCGAGCUUCCGAACGAAAGAAAGUCAUACAUCGCAAAGGACUCGGGCGCUAGAUUUGUCGUUUUGGAGUCUCAUCGGCACUCUCCUGAGACAUAUGGGGAUAUUGUCCUCGACCUUGACGAUGAUCAUAUCUCGCGAGACAUACAGGCAAUGACUACAGCCGAUCUAGAUGUCGUACUUCCAAACAAUCUGGCGUAUAUGCUCUACACGUCUGGCACCACUGGCAAUCCAAAAGGCUGUCUUCUCACCCAUGAAGGUCUCGCUGAAGCGAUACUAGCGCUAAGCUCCUUCUCCGCUGCUGUUCAAAUGGAUAAUAUCCGAGAUGGAAGAUAUCUCAGCGUUGCCUCGGUUGCAUUCGACGUGCAUCUCGCGGAGAUCUUUGUGUCCCUCUCUCUGGGCAUGACGAUAGUUUCCGCGCCACGCGGAAUACUGCUGGAGAACCUUCCUUAUUAUAUCAGUCUUUUGGGCGUGACGCACGUUGGAAUCGUGCCCAGCCUGAUUGACGCGACCAUGGGCACUGUUCAAGAAGACGAAGCAAUGGCUAGUGGAAUGAAACUGCGAUUCAUCGCCAGUGGUGGAGAGAAAAUCAGUGACUCAAUCCUAGACAAGUGGGCAGAUCAUCCCAAAGUCAGACUUGCAAACUUCUAUGGGCCCAGCGAGGUGACCAUAGGAUGUUGUGCUCGUUUUAUGGACGGCAACACACCCAAAGGCAAUGUUGGACAAGCAUUUGCUAAUGUUGCGUCUUAUGUCGUUGAUCAGAACCUCGAUAUUUUGCCGCGGGGAGCCGUCGGAGAGCUCGUCGUUGGUGGCCCCCUUGUCGGGCGCGGCUACCACGGACGUCCGGAUCUAACGGCUAAAGUAUUUAUCGAAUGGCCGCAUAAAGGUUCCUGGGCGUAUCGUACAGGGGACCUGGCGCGAAUGAUGCCCAACGGAUCAUUGGAAAUAAUCGGCAGAAUCGACACUCAGAUCAAGCUACGCGGAGUGCGCAUUGAGGCGGAAGGGAUAUCCGCUGUACUUCAGCGAGCUGCUCAGUCCUGCCUGCAGCUCAACCUUGAUGUCGGGACUAUUCUUGGGACCCAUCCGGAGAUUGGAGGCGGCAGCUCACCGCAGCUCGUUUCUUUCAUUUCCUGGGACACAGGAGUAUCCAUUGCUACGAGACGGGGCAGUUCUAGGCCAGGGCUAGUGAAGUUGGGGAGGGACCUCUCGCGUGUUUUGCGUGACGCCUGCGAAAAGGAACUCGCCAGUUAUAUGCGCCCUGCCCAUAUAAUAGCCCUCAGUUGGCUUCCGCUUAGUGCUAACGGCAAAGCGGAUACCAAAGUCUUGACCUCCAUCUUUUCAGGACUAGAUUUUAACAAACUGAUCGGACUAGCUGAAGACCCUACUGGACAUGUUGACGACGCAGACAGCGAUGGCCCCACUUCGGAUGUCGAACAGCUGAUACUAGAGCUCUUGAGAGAAAGCUUUGCGAUUACUGGUUCCGGCGGACCUAUUGGUGUGCACACUAGUUUAUUCGCGCUUGGAAUGGACUCCUUGUCACUCGCGCGGCUUGCAUCCACACUCAAGGGGACCUUUAAUAUCAAUAUAACUGUUGCAGAAAUCAUGAAGUCUCCCACUGUCCGAGGUCUGUCCACUCGAUUGGGAGGUCUCGUCGUUUCGCGGCCAGAAGCAGAUGUACCGAAUAUCGACAACUUCUCGUCACUAUGGAUGCCAGAAAUUCGGAAGAAAAUGCCGCAUCUUCAUAUAGAGCGUGUUCUUCCCUCUUACCCUAUUCAAGAGGGUGUUCUUUAUCGCUCUGAGAGCUCGCCAACGAUGUGUGUGCAGCAUAUCGUAAUGCGAGUUCGAGAUGACGUCUCUAUACCGCAAUUGCAUAGCGCCUGGAAGAAAGCUGUGGCAGAUAUCGACGUUCUAAGGUUUGAACAUUACCACGUCUCCGAAUCUCUCUCAUGGUAUCAUGAUAGAACUGUAUUUUUCUUUGGCAAAACCUUGGUCCAGGUGCUUUUGUCGCGUGCAACCUGUCACCUUCAUUGGGAGGAGUCUUCCGUUGCGGCGAGCGACAAUGAAACCUUUUCCAACCAUUUCUUUGAUGAAGAAGCUACGAAAGUUGCUGUGGAUAUCAACACCCUCAUCACUUCUGUACCGCCCGUUCGUCUUCGGCUCUACCGCCAAUCCUACGGCACUUACAUUGUACUAUCCAUUCAUCACGCGUUGUUCGACGCUAUCUCUUUGUCUCGCAUACUGAAAUAUGUCGAGGACGCAUAUCUCGACAAGCCGCUUCAGAAUCAAGCCCCUCCCGAUCAAAUAUUGGAACACGUAACGUUUCGGGACUUGACUCAUGCUCGAGAUCAUUGGACGUCGACUCUUCGUAAUUUUAACUGGUCUUACCGCGAUUUGAUGGAUGUGUCCCAAUCAGCUUCUCCUAAACGGAUUUCUAUCACCCUUGAUACCCCGUUUUCAUACUUCCAACAAAUGCUUGCCCAUUGCCAAGUGACAUUGCAGGCCGCGUUGACUUGCACGUUUGCUUCGGUUCUUGCAACUCAUUUGUGCCAAUCCGACGACUUAAUCUUUUGGGCUCAGACCAUCAGAUCAGGGAGGUUAGCACCUGUUGAGGGUGUGAGCGACGCUCUCAUCCCUCUGCUAUCUCUUGUCCCUGUGCGCGUCAACCUCAACAACCUUGAUUGUCUUCGUAAAGUCCAUGAUGACAUUAUUGCCGCGAUUCCAUUCGAAAAUGUUUCUCUUGGGCAGGUGCAGAAAUGGGUUAGACCUGGUGCUGGUUUAUUCGACAUUCUUUUCUCAGUCACGCACAAAGACGAGCUUGCGUACGAGCUUUUCGAUGUCGUGCGGAGUGAAUUGCCACAGCCUGACUUCUUCCUGUCUGUGGAGAUUGUGGUGGACGUCUCAAAAGAUCAGCUCGUUAUUCGGGCAGCCUUCUAUGAUGAUGGAUCGCAAGUUGCCAACAUCGAAUCGAUGCUUCUCCAAUUUGAGUCUGAGGCUCGCGGCGUCGUGACUUCCGGAGUGCCCCAUGUCGUUGUUCCACAGAAGUCCCCAGUCAAUCGAGUGGAAUCUACACCACCGGUCGCUACCGCUAAUGGCAUACACAAUUCUAAUGGAGAAAGGGGCAUCAGUGUAGCUCUGCACUCUGUGAGGAAGAUCAUAGCUCAGUUUUUGGGUGUUGAUCCCCAACGGCUAUGGUCGAGAACGUCAUUUAUUGCUCUGGGUCUCGACUCCAUCAGGUCGGUGGGGCUUUCACGAGCACUCAGGGAAGAAGGAUACCACGUAACUGCAGCAGAACUUAUGAAGUCAGCAUGUCUGGCUGAACUGGAGUCCUUACCGACGCUACUUCAAGAUGCUGGUCGCGCACAAUUGGAGUCGGAAGCUCAGGAUCUAUUUCAAGAAGAAUGUCGUAUAUUGGAGUCCCAUUUCGAUGUCGCCACCUGCCGGUUUUCUGAUCGCGAUGAAGCCAGGAUACUUCCAACCACCGCUUUGCAGGCAGGGAUGUUAUCACAGACGGUUGUCUCCUCAGGCUUACUCUAUAAUCAUGUGUUCAUGUUCAAGCUAGCAUCUUCCGUGGACCAUACCCGUCUUCGUCAAGCCUGUCAAUCCAUUGUCACGAGCUUUGACAUCUUCAGGACAACAUUCCAUUACAUCGUCGACUUGGGGAAAUGGGCGCAAGUUUCGCAUUCUGAUGCGCCCAUGACUUGGAUCGAGGUCCCUCUGCAUGCUGGAGAAUCUCUAGAUGCCAUGAUUCAAACUGUCACCAGAUCAACGAGCGUGUCAGAGCAGGGAACGUUCACGCCUUCAUUGGCUUUUUGUUUGGUCGAACAGCAGGAAGAUGCUGGGAUCAAGAACUAUACCUUUGCAAUUGCCAUGCAUCAUGCUACAUAUGAUGGUAUUUCCAUCGGAACGCUGCUCGAAGAGUUGGAGCGGGCGUAUCUAUCCCAUUCUUCCCCGAAUUUGCCUCAGUUCUAUGACGUGCUUCCUUUGAUACUGCGAGAAGAACGUCAAAGCAUUCCCUUUUGGACCCAAUAUCUGCAAGACUUUCAUCCUGUUCCGUUACCCCCGCGCGGAGUCUGCACAGUCUUUGUCGGUCGUCUGUUCUCGUCGAUUGAAGCUAGACCACCAGGCCACGAAGACGUUAUUGGACCCAUGCUGAGCACUAUACCAUGUCGUGUUCGUAUCGGCGAAACCGCGACCAACAGGGAUUUAUUGCGUUCCAUCCAUGCAAAUAACUUGGCCGCGUUAGAAUGGCAACAUAUUUCGCUUCGUGACAUACAGGCCGAGACGGGGCUCUUUAAUCUAUGGGACAGCAUAUUUGUCUUUCAACCUCUACAGUCCAUAUAUUCAAGUCCUUUAUGGAGUAUGCUCAAUCCAGACGAGUUUCAAGCCAACGUUCAGUAUCCAUUGAACUGCGAGUUUCACGAAAUGGAUGAUGGAUUUUCUGUGACGCUGGCUUGCCUGCCAAAUAUCAUGGAUCUGGAGUCUUUGGAUCAUGAGAUGUCACGGCUUGAGGCUUUCCUCGGUACCAUUGUCUCCCAACCGAAUGCCAAGGCCGUUGCGGAUGUUCCCUUUGACGGCAGAAAGCUUCCCCUCCAUAACGGUGUGCUGAACGCCAGCAUCGCACCCCGCAGAGGGAUUGACCAUUUACCUCCUGCGUUGGUCAACGUCCUGAUUUCUGUCGCCAAAUGUUCCGCCGACAAGCUGGACCCGGACAGGCCAAUUGCAGCUAUUGGGAUCGACUCGAUCACAGCGAUUCAGCUCAGUGCAAAAUGUAGGGAAGCAGGAAUUGCGUUGACCAUUGCGGAUAUCGUCGCUUGCCGUACAAUCGGUGAUUUGGCUACAAGGGUGGUCGAAGUGGAGACACAGCCGAAGACUAGUCCACCGCGUCUGGAUCAUCAUCUAGUCCCUGAGAUCGAUUCUCAAGCUGUCGCUGACAAAUUCCCAUCCGAGUGGCGCGGAGACCUCACCGUUACUCGGGCAGCCUCUGGCAUGAAAUGGCUCAUUUGCGCCUGGCAAAGAAGUCAUUAUGCGCGAUUUCAACAUGUGUUCGCCUAUAGAAUGACCCAGAAAAUUGACCCCGAACGACUACGUAGUUCGUGGACAGAGUUCAUCACUCGACAUCCCAUUCUCAGGUCAACAUUCGUCUCCACAAAGUCUCAUUCGGAUGUCCACAUAGCAACCUUCAAUACCGACAAAAUGGGAAGCUCAUUUACCGUUGAGCCAUUCGAUGAUUUGUCAGACAGCACGGAUCUGAAGACGCGGAUGGACGCAAUCAUCUCUUGCCCACCUCCAAUUGAUGGACCUCAGACCUGCGGACUACUUUUGAAUGGCUCGCGCAGCCAAUAUCUACUGAUUAGAAUGCAUCAUUUCCAAUACGAUGCAUGGAGUCUUGCCCUUUUGAUCGAGGACCUCUGUCACAUCUACCUUGGUCAACCCUCGUCGGUCACAUCAGAUUAUGAAACGUUCAUGUCGACGUUUGCACCGACACCAGAAAAUCUCCAGAAACAGGAAAAAUAUUGGCGGUCCAUCUUCACACCCUCUUUCCGGCCGGCAUACUUUCCUCAGCUCAGACCUCUCGCGGUUCAGGAUAAGAGUAUAUCUCGAACUAAUGUUAUCGCGAGGGAUGCGGUGCAUGGGGCAUCUACUCUUGAACAGCGCGCUCGGGUGCAUGGCGUGUCGCUACAGAGCGUUUUGCUGGCAUGCUGGGCAUACGUCCAGUCUUCCUAUAUUUCCCAGGAACAAGCGACAUUUGGAUUAUGGCACGCAGGUCGAACAGGACCUAUCAAAGAUAUCGACAGAUUGGCAUUCCCAUGCAUGAACGUGCUGCCAAUGCAUACCCAUCUUGGAAGCAACAGCAUCAUAGACGUUGCUCGUAACAUUCAAGACGACCUACGGUUGCGCACUCCUGUCGUCCAGCAGACCGAUCUUCAAAUGAUAGACCAGUGGAUAGGAGGCACGGGAGCACCAUUGUGCAAUGUGUUUGUCAACUUGAUUAGGUUUCCGUCAGGCGACAAGGAAGCAGGAUUGUUUGGAUCGGUAGACAUCCCCUACACGAUACCAGAAGACGUCCCAGAACCCGAUCCAAAAAUUGUCGACUGGAUCCCUAUGUCGAAUCUUAUACAGGACGAUGUUAUGGUUGAAAUUAUUGUACACCCUUCGGAGGAUACAAUAACGAUGGCGAUUGAGAGUGCCCCAGCUAUCAUGGAUAUGCAACUCGCCAGGAAAGUUAUUGACUACUGGUCAGAGAUAGUCGGAGGUCUUUGGGAAGAUAACCUCGAUACCGGCAUCCUUCAUCUUUUGCGCACCCUCACAUUUGACAAAGUCAUCUGGCUCUCGUACACCUAUGAUGCAACGUCUGAUCCUGGCGCGAAUGAGGGCGUCAGCGCAGGCAGGCAGGCCCGAUGUUCUGACUGA